AUGCGUCUCCUUUGUCUAACUUACGCCCUAUUUGCCGCUUGCAUAUUGGAAGUAGAAGCUUCAAAUUGCUCUCCGUUUCCUUCCUCGGUGAUCGAAUUCUCUUCCGGGUUCAAACAGCCAGAUCCACCCUUGAUCAAAGCGGAAUAUGGGACAAGCUUUAUCCAACACAAAUGGAAUCAGAAUAUGUCGCACAUUACGACUGGCUUCAUCGAAAAUUCUCCAUCGCAGCUUAUUGUCCGUGUUGAUGAAGCUUUCAAUGGCACCUUGGCAUCGUCCGUCUUUAACUACGCCAAUUCUACGAAAGAAGGUCUCGUGGACAACACGCUUACCAGUUACGAUAAGCUCGGAAAGUCAACCGUGUGGAGGGAAUUCGUGAACUCGAAUUUUCCUCUAUUUCCUGAAAGUCUUCUCAUCGAAAAUGACGCUGUUUUUGGCGGGCUGGUUGAUCGGCAACUCAAUGAUGGACCCGUGGCAACGUGGAACAUUAUGUACCAGGGGGCAAUCCCUGUCACAGUCUAUGUGAACAGCUGCAACAUCAUGGUUGGGUACGACUAUUUUUCUCCAGGACUCCGUACUAGGGUCAUUACAGAAUACUUCAACAUUCAGGUCUAG